AUGUCGACCCGCCAAUCUGCCUUGGUAACAGGCGCCAGCAGGGGAGGCCUUGGUGACGCCCUUGCACAAGAACUACAUGCAAGAGGGUUUAGAGUCUUCGCCACAGCCCGGACACUGCCCAAAGUCCAGCACCUGAAGGAUCUUGGGAUGGACGUUGUCAAGAUGGACGUUGCAGACUCGACGUCGAUUAGAAAUGCUGCUGCACAAGUCGCAUCUCUCGCUGGAAACAGGCUUGACAUCCUCAUCAAUAAUGCCGGAACUGGGUACCAAUCUACGCUGUUAGAUGCUGACAUUGAAACUGCGAGGCAGUUGUUCAAUGUCAAUGUAUUCGGUGUGCUGGACGUCACCCAGGCGUUUGGCCCGCUGUUGAUUGCAUCCAAGGGCAUCAUUGUGAAUGCUGGCUCCGUCUUGGGCAGGGUUCCAAUGCCAUUCUGUGGUGUUUACAACGCUAGCAAAGCGGCUCUGGAUUCCUUGUCAAAACAGAUGCGAAUCGAGCUCGCUCCUUUUGACAUUCGCGUUAUACACGUCAAUGCUGGCGGCAUCCAGUCGGAUUUUCUAUCCCAUGCUGCUGGUCCGAAGGGCCUUCCUGACAAGUCACCUUACUAUGCCGGACACGGCGUUCUAAAUCCGUGGAUCAGUGGGGAAAUAACUCGUAGCAAGUAUCAGCCCAGUAGGCACUCAGCCAGGCAGCGACUGGCCGCUUCAUUUCAAUGCUGA